AUGAUCAUUCCCGUUCGUUGCUUCUCCUGUGGCAAGGUCACUGGCGACCUUUGGGAGCGCUACCUCAAGCUCAUUGACGACGGCAUUACGGAUGGCGACGCCAUGGACCAGCUUGGCCUCAAGCGCUACUGCUGCCGUCGUAUGGUCAUGACCCACGUUGACCUUAUCGAGAAGCUUCUCAAGUACACUCCCGACGGACGUAACGAGAAGAAGAUGUCCUUAAACCCGUAG